AUGGCGCACUCUUCUCCUUCGCGGAGAAGCCAGCACAAUGGCAACAUCAAGUCAAGCCCUGAACGAGGGUUCACCGCAGACUUCCUUUCAGAGAACCGUAACUCGGAGCUGAGCCAUCGCGACGCUCUUGCCGCCGCCCAGCUUGAGCACGAGCGUGUUCGACUUGCUGCCCUAAGAGUCUAUGAGGUGCACCAAUUGCAGGAGGAGAAGCAAAGGUUGGAGGCCGAGCACCGGAGGAUAGCACAGCUGCAAAAAGAGGAAGAAGAUCGUCUCAAGGCCGAGGCAGCAGUGCGCGCCGAGCAGGAGAGGCUGAGAGAGCUCAAGGCCAAGCAGAUUCCUCAACUCCCUCCUGAACCCGAACCUGAACCGCCCAAGCCGGAGCCGAAGAAGUCGCAAGACCCUCAGGUCAAUGGCACAACGGCGGCCAAAUCCGAGCCUGCUGUUGCACCGGCGGCACCAAAGCCGACUCCCUUGACAAGUGUUCCGACACCUGCUCUCCCCACCGCGAAGGCUCCUCCGGCGGCACCGUCACCAGCACCCGCAAAGGACGUCCCUGCACCGUCCACUCAAGCCAAUGGAUUCCUAUCGAAGCCCGCAGCGCCUCUGGCCCCGAAACCCGUCGCUCAGCCGGCCGCGCCAGCACCGGCGCCAGCUCUACCGACCGCUGACAGGUACACCCAAAUACACCAAGCUCUCAAGAGGCUGAGAAAGGACGUCGAGGCUUUGUCAAAACAGCCUGGGAAUCCGUUAAAGGGCAAGUUGGGAGAUAUGCGGAGACAGAUCAGGAAGUCCAUCGGGCAACUGACUGCCGGCAAGGGAGCAAACGCGCAACCUCUUGCCACGAUUAAUGGAGCACUGCGCGAAUCUCUUGGCGGCCAAGUGCAAUCGCCCCUGGUCGACGCAAACAUAUACGUGCAGCAAAAUAGAGAACCAGCUGAAGGCGCUGUUAACAAUGGCCCGCAGCUGCCGGCUCUGUUUAUAUACCUCCUCAACAUUCUCUCAAAGGCCAUCAUCCAGCAGUUCUCCAACGAAGGCGGCGCGAACCCAAAGUCGGCCGAGCCGGUCGGCAUCGUGACGGCGCAGAUCUUCUCCAACAAGGACUACCAAUGGCGCGGGGGCUCCAUGAUCGACAUCCUCAUCGCCAAGUUCCACGUGGCCUGCCCCGUCCUGUUCGGCUCUAGAGGCAGCGACAAGACCGAGGGCGGCCGCAGGGCUAUUGGCUGGAAAAAGGAGAACGGCAACUGGGUGCCCGAGCAGGCGCACAACGACAGAAUGACGGGCCUCGGGGCCGGUUUCGCGGCCAUUGCCCUGCGAGACUUUAGCAAGGCGUCAAAGACGAACCCGUACCCGCCGACAAACUACUGGAAGGCCAUGGCGCAGAUUGUCAACUCGCCGCCGCAGCUCGUCUCCAACACCCAGUAUGUCGUGCUCAAGUCCAUGAUUGACGGCCACGAGCAGCGCUUUAUCAACUUUUACGGCAACGCAGCCGUCGCGGCCCUCCGGAUGGCGUUGGUGGAGUUCCCUAAGAGGGCUCCUCCUGGGGCCACGGCCGCACAGGCGUUGCAGGUUCUGGCUGACGUUCUAAGACGGGACUCUGGGUUAGACGUGGCAUAG